GGGCGCAUGCGCGGGCGGGGGCCGGGGAGAAGGGGUCGGGCCGCCAUGGCCAUCUUCAGCGUCUACGUGGUGAACAAGGCCGGGGGCCUCAUCUACCAGCUGGACAGCUACGCCCCGCGCGCCGAGGCCGAGAAGACCUUCAGCUACCCCCUCGACCUGCUGCUCAAGCUGCACGACGAGCGGAUCCUCGUCGCCUUCGGACAGCGCGAUGGCAUCAGGGUGGGUCACGCAAUACUGUCCAUCAACGGCGUGGAUGUGAACGGCAAGUACACGGGGGACGGGAAGGAGGUGCUGGACUACCUGGCCAACCCUGCCAACUACCCCGUGGCCAUCCGCUUCGGCCGGCCCCGCCUCACCUCCAACGAGAAGCUCAUGCUGGCCUCCAUGUUCCACUCGCUGUUCGCCAUCGGCUCCCAGCUGUCCCCGGAGCAGGGCAGCUCCGGUAUCGAGAUGCUGGAGACGGACACGUUCAAGCUCCAUUGUUUCCAGACGCUGACAGGGAUCAAGUUUGUGGUGCUGGCGGACCCCCGUCAGGCGGGGAUCGACUCCCUCCUGCGCAAGAUCUACGAGAUCUACUCCGACUUUGCCCUCAAGAAUCCCUUCUAUUCCCUGGAGAUGCCCAUCAGGUGUGAGCUGUUUGACCAAAACCUGAAGCAAGCACUGGAAGUGGCAGAGAAGGCUGGGACCUUUGGGCCGGGGUCGUAGCCAGCCCCACCCAGCGAGGAGGGGAGAAGCCCGAGGCCCCCCCCGCCGGGACACGUCACGCCCCGUCUGCCCCGACCGUCUGCUAGGGCGGGAGCCGAACUGGAGAGACCGGUGGGCCCCGAUUCCGCCUGUGCUUUCUGCCCCUCCCCUCCACCCCUGUACAGAUUUAUUUAUGGAGAGGGGGGCUCCUCCCGGGAAGCACUGCAAUAAACAUUCCCUUGCCCGUG